GAGGGCAGGAGCAAGCAGACACCAGCACUGCUCUUUCUCCAAGACGGCCAGCCGGCUGGCCAUGUUCUCCUCUGCCAGUCUCCUCCACCACUCUCUAUCCCGAGAGCCUGUGGAACCUGCCUGUCUCCCCUCCUCCAUCAGACGCACCUGUCUAGGAAACAGGAAAGGACCUCGGAAGUCUUCUAAGGAGAGUCAUGGCAUAUAACCAGGAGUCUUCAGUGGAGACCUCCAUCAUCAAGUUCAAAGACCAGGACUUUACCACCUUGCGGGAUCACUGCCUGAGCGUGGGCCAGACGUUUAAGGAUGAGACAUUCCCUGCAGCAGAUUCUUCCAUAGGCCAGAAGCUGCUCCAGGAAAAACGCCUCUCCAAUGUGAUAUGGAAGCGGCCACAGGAUUUACCAGGGGGUCCUCCUCACUUCAUCCUGGAUGGUAUAAGCAGAUUUGACAUCCAACAAGGAGGCGCAGCUGACUGCUGGUUCCUGGCAGCACUGGGCUCCCUGACUCAGAAUCCACAGUACAGGCAGAAGAUCCUGAGGGUCCAAAGCUUUUCACACCAGUAUGCCGGGAUUUUCCGUUUCCGGUUCUGGCAAUGUGGCCAGUGGGUGGAAGUGGUGAUUGAUGACCACCUACCUGUCCAGGGAGAUAAGUGCCUCUUUGUGCGUCCUCGCCACAAAAACCAAGAGUUCUGGCCCUGCCUGCUGGAGAAAGCCUAUGCCAAGCUGCUCGGAUCCUAUUCCGAUCUGCACUAUGGCUUCCUCGAGGAUGCCCUGGUGGACCUCACGGGAGGCGUGAUCACCAACAUCCAUCUGCACUCCUCCCCUGUGGACCUGGUGAAGGCAGUGAAGACAGCGAUCAAGGCAGGCUCCCUGAUUACCUGUGCCACUCCAAGUGAGUCAACAGAUACAGCACAGGCGAUGGAGAAUGGGCUGGUGAGUCUGCACGCCUACACCGUGACUGGGGCCGAGCAGAUUCAAUACAGAAGGGGCUGGGAAGAAAUUAUCUCCCUGUGGAACCCCUGGGGCUGGGGUGAGACUGAAUGGAGAGGGCGCUGGAGUGAUGGGUCUCAGGAGUGGGAGGAAACCCGUGACCCGCGGAAAAGCCAGCUACAUAAGAAACAGGAAGAUGGAGAGUUUUGGAUGUCAUGUCAAGAUUUCCAACAGAAAUUCAUCUCCAUGUUUAUAUGUAGCCAAAUUCCAAUUACCCUGGACCAUGGAAACACACUCCACGAAGGAUGGUCCCAAAUAAUGUUUAGGAAGCAAGUGAUUCUAGGAAACACUACAGGAGGACUUCGGAAUGAUGCUCAAUUCAACUUUUCUGUGCAAGAGCCAAUGGAAGGCACCAAUGUUGUCAUCUGCAUCACAAUUGCUAUCACGCCACCAAAUUUGAAGGCAGAAGAUGAGAAACUUCCACUCAAUUUCCAAGUGAUUCCGGCUGGCUCACAGAGGUUCCAGGAGAAAUUUCCACCCGUGUUUUCUUCCCCGUUCGGAAACGUUGUCCAAAGCUCAAAUAAUAAAUUCCGCCGCAACUUCACUGUGACCUACCAUCUGAACCCUGGGAACUAUGUUGUGGUUGCACAGACACGGAGAAAAUCAGUGGAGUUCUUGCUCCGAAUCUUCCUGAAAACGCCAGACAAUGACAGGCACCUGAGCCACCAUUUCAACCUCAGAAUGGAGGGAAGCCCUUCCGAACAUGGCUCCCAACAAAGCGUUUUCAACAGAUAUGCUCAGCAGAGGCUGGACAUUGAUGCCACCCAGCUUCACAGCCUUCUCAACCAGGAGCUUCUGACAGGACCUCCAGGGGACAUGUUCUCCUUAGAUGAGUGCCGCAGCUUGGUGGCUCUGAUGGAACUGAAAGUGGAUGGGCGGCUAGACCAAGAGGAGUUUGCGCGACUGUGGAAGCGCCUUGUUCACUGCCAGCAUGUUUUCCAGAAGGUUCAGACAAGCCCUGGAGUCCUCCUGAGCUCGGACUUGUGGAAGGCCAUAGAGAAUACAGACUUCCUCAGAGGGAUCUUUGUCAGUCGUGAGCUGCUGCGUCUGGUGACCCUCAGGUACAGCGACAGUGUCGGCAGGGUCAGCUUCCCCAGCCUGGUCUGCUUCCUGAUGCGGCUUGAAGCCAUGGCAAAGACUUUCCGCAACCUCUCUAAGGAUGGAAAAGGACUCUACCUGACAGAAAUGGAGUGGAUGAACUUGGUCAUGUACAACUGAAGCAAAGAGGAAAGCAGACCCCACAGCUCAGAAAUUCUUUUUGAGAGAUCUGGCUAGAUUCGGGGUUGAAGACUGACACCCCGGGGCAGAUGGAACUGUCUGAGUUUAAGUUGAACUCUCCUAUACUUGUGAGUUGAGAAUUGUGAGUCUGGAUGUGCCUCUGGUGAGGUGAAAACGCUCAACACCAUUGGCAAGCAUACACCUGGUGGUUACCAGGCACCUUGAGAUGCCAGGGUGUCCAGCCUUCUGGAGCUGGCUUCGGAAGAAAAAUGUAUCCAAUGGGAAACCGACAUGUACACUCCAAGGGGAUAAACCAAGGAGGAGGAAGAGUUGGAAUCCAGGUAACAGAAGAUCCAACACUAGACAGAGGCAGGGAAGUCCAAGGACCAACACUGUGCAGCAGAGCAAGAGAGUGAGCCAUCCCAAGGGAAGCUGGAGGACAGCCUUUGGGGAAAAUGGGAGCAAUCGUUGAUCAGAUUGCUUAAUUAUAGAAAAAAUAAUGUUCAGAGGGAUUUUGAAAUUCUGCUGGAGAGCUUUGGAAGAAUUAGUAGGAUAACGACUUAAACUAAGCAGACAAAAAAGUGAGGCAGUUAUUAACUCCUGGAAGAAUAAAGAGUUACAGAAGAAAGAAAAUGUGAUCCUAGAGUAUUUUUUCAUUCAGCAGUGAACAGUACACAUACAAUUGUAAUAAAAUCAAAAUGGAAUAUUGAUUUAACAGAAAUGUGACAUAAAUAUAUUAGAAGGAUGGAAGGAGGGAAGUUGUAGACAUGAAAGGGGGCUAGAAGCAACCUCGCCCCAUCUUCCAUCAUAAGAAGUCAAUAGGCAUUUAAAAUUGACAAAUCAAGAAUUAACUGCAUAAGCAUAUUACCUAGAAAUACGGAGGUAAACAUCAGAAGAAAGAGUUUAGGGAGGGGAAUUUGGAUAGAAAUGGGACAAGAAGCUGCUAUUUUCCUUUGUGCCUUGUAGCACUCUUUGAAUUUUUAAAUUAUGUAUCUUGGACUGAAUUUUUAUGAAAAAAAAAUAGGCAAACUAGCAAGUAGUCUGUGAGACAAGAGAGAAGGAGAGAGGCAGGGAAGAAGAGUUGAGGCCUCUUUACCCAAUGGGUAGGGCAGCUGACUGAUCAUUGCAGAAAACGUGUCUAUGCACGAAUGUCACUUUAAUCCAAACCCCCUGCACUUGAGAAAAACCACUCUCCUGAAGAAGUCCAAAGCCAGCCAUCUGGAGCUUGCAUGGGACAGAGCUCAGGGCUGUUGCUACCAUAGCAGCCCCUGGCCUCAGCCCUUCCAACCUGCCUGGAGAUGGGAGGAACAUCUCUUCCCCAAGUUUCCCUCCACUCCAGUGCCAGUGCUCAAGGUGCUAAAAUGGGCUAUGAUAUAACUCAAGCUUGGGGCAGGACAGGUGUGGGGGUGCCCUUUAAGGAAUUUUGAAGAAUGGGGUAGGAACAUCCAUUAAGGGGCCAUGGGCAUGUUGGGGUCUGUCAGCCUUGCCAGCAGGAAGUACCAGUGCUUCCUCUACUGUGGGAUGAUCCAGAACCGCAUCUUUGGAAUGGGGAUCCUCUUCUGUGAUCACUCAAAGGAAGAAGUUUCUUUACUCACCCUUGGCCUUCUGCAUUUGCGCCUCCAUGUCUUUCUCUAGGACAAGCUCCCAGUGAUCACUCAAGAAUCUGUCUUUCAUUCUAAGAGACUGUUCUGCCCACUGUGGUUGUGAUACAUCUAAACUGGCCCUGUGUGAAACGGAGUCCAAGCUGUCUUCCAACAGCCUGGGUUCGGUCCUUGGCUGGCCCAGGCCCUGGUAAGCCUGUGGCCACCAAGCAGCUUAUCUGAGCACUUUGGGAUGUGCUCAACCUACAUUGCCCUGGAAAAUGAAGCAGGAGAUGUCUCCCUGUGGGAAAGGAGAAGAGAAGUUGCCUCUGAGUCACCUGUCACCAGUUGGAUUCACUUCUUGGAAGAGCUAAAAUGAGCCAGUUUGCCCACCCUCGGGUGCUAUGGGUGACACGGGAGCUGUCCACUGGGUGUUUGCAGAAUAAUUACACUAUCUUAUGUCUGAAUCCUGAUUAUUUCACAGCUAAAUGGCAAAAAUAAAACAUGUUUCCCAUAAA